AUGUCUAUUUUUUCCCAUCUCCGAAGGAGCCGCCAGCAGGCCAAGGAACACAACGCAAAGCUCGCCGAACAGAAGAAAAAGGACGCACAGGCGACGCCUUACCGGCACGUUCCCACACAUGCCGCCUCCGACGCCAUCGCCUCAGCGCCACCCGCCUGGCGAGAGGUCGACGACAGGCCCCGCAUCGUCGAGCAGAAUCGCAGGCGCAGCGCCAUGGCCGCCGCCGGCUUCUCCAUGAACAUGCCCUCUACCACCACCAUUCCCACCAUGCCUCGCGGAUCCAGCAGCCUCUCCUUUGUUUCCUACCCCAGCGGCGAGGCCACUCCACACGUCGGCAUGCCCCGAGCCUACUCCUCCAGCAGCAUCCAUCACCCCUACGGACCUAACCGCGAGGUCGUCUACUCUAUGGAUGCCGCCAUGUCGCAUCCAACCUCAUUGAAAGGCAAGGAAGUCUACAGAAACUCGUUCUCUGCCUAUGACAUUUCCGCCGGCAGCAGCACCGCCGUGAGCAAAGAUCCGACACCAGAGGGAAGCUCCAGAGCAUCCAACAGCUCUCAUGACGAACUUGAAAUGGCGACAGUGCCAUCUACCCGGCCAAAGACAGCUCAGACUCUGCAGGUUCCUCAGACCCAACCUGCCCAGCAGCUGCAGACAUAUCACCAGGUCCAGCAUACCCAGCAGGCAAAGCAGCUCCAAAACGUCCAGCAGGCUCAGAUUCAGUCUGUUGCACAGGUAUCCCAACCCGCCACGCCCGCUCAGCAAGUGCAGCUACCUGCUCCAGAGUCUCCGCGCUCAGCCGGUUAUGCCCACCGUCUGCACCCAAGCCACCGCCGCACCUCGUCAGAGGUCUCCGACAGAGCCGCCGUACUCAGCACUAUUAAGCCCUCCACUAGAGAUGCGCGACCGCCGCCUACAUCGAUGCGCGGCUUCAACUUUGUCCCCACCACAGCAAACCCGCAGCCGCCAGUCGUAGCCAGCAAGCCCGUUCAGCCAGACAUGAACAAUGGCAUGCGCCAGAACGCGACCCAACAACGUACGGGAAUGGGCUAUACCGGCUUCGCGCCCAAGCCCCCUGCGGUGGCGGCGGUUGCACCCCCGGCCGCUCGCAGCUCUAGCGACUAUCACCUCGGUAACUUUUCUAUUCCGAGCCCUGGCCUCGACAUGACUAUCGGGUCCACGACACCAAGUUCUGGCGGCCACGUUCAGCGUUCGGCUCAUAAAGGUCAGCAACAGCAGCAGCCCGAAAUGGAACCCAUAGUUUCCGGCAGAAGCUACCCGCGCCACAACCGCUCCGAGAUGCCGCCGCCGCUGCAGCACGAUAGCCUGGUCAACAUCUUUCCCGAGCCGGUGCCCGACUCUUACGACGCAAAGUCCGGUCGCGGCAAGCUGAACAAGAGCAAGAAGACGCGCUGGUCUUUUUCCAAGUCGUCACCCAUCGCGGCAUAA